AGCCGUUUGGCCCCACAGCUGCUCCAGAGCCUGUCGUUGGAGGCGGCAAGCAGAGAAUAGGAGGAGGCGGGAGGGGAGGAGGAGGACCCUCUUCUCCAUGGCAGCCCUCCGCGCGCGCUGCCGGCGCCGCGGCGGCCGCCCGAGUUCUCUGCAGCUGGCGCCACUGCUACUCGCCUGCCGCGCCUCCGCGGAGGAGCCGCCGCUGCCGGCGCGUCUCGGGCGGGUUGCCGCGGGCACUCCGUGCAGCCCCGGGGGGCGCCAGGACGCCGGCGCCUCCGAGGAGGGGUGGCAGGGCACACUGCAGUGCAUCUUCGACCAGUGGUACGACCCGCCGCACGCGGCCGAGUCGUCCAGAGCGCGCUUCCUGGACCGCGACGCCGAGGGGGGGCACGCCGGCGGCGCGCUGGCGGGCGACGGGCUCUCGCUCGCGGGGGGGGCGGCGCUGCUCGACAGCGUGCGGUCCGUCGGGGGCGCGGAGUUUAUGUAAUUGUUCGUGCCCCUGGCCUCUGCCACCUGGGCUCGGGCUUCGGGCGCCUGGCGCUGCAGGCGCACCUGACCACCGGCGUGGGCGCCGUCCUCGGGGUCGAGCCGGGCGCGGGGCGCCACCGCACCGCGCGGGCCGCCGGUAGCGCCGCCCUGGCCGCGGGGCCCACGGUCUACGGCGUGGGCAUCGACGGCCAGGUUUACGCGCAGCCGACGCGCACCAUGAGCGCCUCCAGCAGGUGG